AUGGAAGGUGACAGUACAGUCGCUGGUGGUGGUGGCAGAGAACCAGGGAAAGCCAUCACAAAUUUACCAAGUCCAUCAGAUGAGUCUCAGGUUGCGGCAGAUGUUGACCUGCGCUUGGGUUCUGAGAUUCAUCAUCAUUUUACUGUCAAUCAAAAUAAUGUACCUUAUGGAGGCGGGAAAUCUAACAUAAACUUUCCACAUCCUGGGAGCAAUCCACAGUGGGAAAGCAGUAAAUAUGUAAUUGGCGGACACGUAAGGGAUGAUCAUAUAUCUAAAUUAUCCCCCUUUUCUAAUGAGAAUAGCGAGGGGUCCGAGCGGGAGAUUCUGCUGGAGCCACUUAGUGCAGAUGAUGAGUCGACACCAGUGUCCGAGUCCAGAGCUGUGAGUGCGGAUGCUCCAGACGAUGAAGUUGGGAGAGAAGUAACGCCCAGUGAGGAUCCAUCUUCCGGGGCAGCUUUUGGUCCAUCUGAGGACAGAGAGGAUAUCAGUGAUGAAGAGUUAGACCUGUAUUCCCAGGAAAAUGGGGACAAUCUUCAGCCAGAAGUUUGGCCGUCGGAGGAUAUCCAAGAGAGUAAUCAUCGAGCUACUUAUAAUGCAGACGGUCUGUAUGCCAUGCCAGAGACACCAGCUGAAAUGUCGUAUCCUUUAGUGACCUCAGAAACUGUGCAUUUUAAUGAAAAUGACGCCAGAGAUUCACAUUCUAGUGAUGACAGGGAAAUCAUCGACUUAAAAUAUGACGAUACCGCAGGGAAAAGUGACGCUGGCAGCCAUGAUGAUGGUAUUAACCAGCAGUCAAAUGUUCCCAGUGAAGAUUUAGAGACAGUUUCUGAUGAUGAGUUGCCUGAUGGGACUCUUGUCGGGGAUACUCCCGUAGAGCCUGCAUUUAAUUUAAUUGAAGGAGGGGAAGAAGUCAGCAGCUCAGAAGAUGAAGCUGCCACUAGUCUAAGAAUGCAUGAUGAUCCAAACCCAGAAGUCUGCCUAGUGAACCGAACAAACAGUCUUGUCCUUGAUGGUGCUGAGUUCUCUUACAUGAAUGUUUCAUCUGAUUUACCAUUUCCAGUGGAUGAAGUCUCUGCUUUGCCACUGAUCUCAGAUUCAGCUUCAUGUAUAGCCCUGCCUCUGCCUCCUUUGGAGGCUGAACCUAUAUCAGAUGAGGAGGAUUCAGGGCAAGGCAAUGGUGGCUGUGUAGACGUAGAAGGUGGAGAGGCUGGUGAAAUUAAGAGUCCUGCGGAUGCAGGUUCCCCGGCUUCACUUUCUGGGCAGACCGCUGUGAGGCUUCUUGGUGAAGUAGAACCUAUAUCAGCAGAUGAGAGUAGCGAUACUGAUGGGGAGUUGCACAGUGGAGAUGAAGACAGCUUGUCCAAACCUGAAAAUGGAGGCACAAAGUCUAAUAACUUUUUAGAAGCAAUUGACUCUGACGACGAAGGCGAUCUGGGGCCUGGUUCAUCCCAUAAACAUUUAUCCUCAGACAGAAGACAGACUCCUGUAGCUUCUUCUGAGUCUGUGCCCAAGGAAAAGACUGAAUACAUGGAGUCUAUUUCAGAUGAAGAUGAUAGUCUGUCUGUUAAUGGGAAGGAAGUCAAGCGGUCUGGGUUGUCGGUGACAGCGGAUGAAUCCCUUACUGGCUUGAGAGGUGUAGAAGCUGAGAAACGACAAAUAGCAACAAAUUACAGUGAGCACCAGGAGGAGCUGGAUUACGAGGAGAAUGAUGGAGAUGAGGGCGAGGGUAGGUCUGCCGCAGAAGCUGUGAAGCCAACAGAAAAGAAGGAUUCCAAGGAAGCAAAAGAAGAUGGCGAGGGUGGUUUUUCUGACAAAGAUGAAGGAGAAUUAAGUGAUGAUGACUGUGAAGAAGGUGAGAUCAAGGAACCAGGCAGCAAGAAGCCCUUUAUCAAACAGACCUGCCGGUUUUUCCAGAGAGGAAACUGUACCUGGGGGAUCAACUGCAGGUUCAUUCAUCCAGGCAUCAACGACAAAGGUAAUUACCAGAUGAUUGAGAUACCCGGUUUCAAACCAGUGGGUAUCAGAUCACGGUUAGGAAUUCCCGGUUCUUGGCCAGAGCAACCAGAGGAGCAAAUAGAUCUACCUCCACCACCUAUACCUGAUGUGCCACCUGUAGAGACAGCGUGGGAAAGAGGUCUCCGGAUUGCUAAAGAGCAACGGAAGAAAGCAUCCGAAAGAAAAGAACAAGAGGCUGAUUUUGAAGACAAGCGAUUAAAUUUGUCGGUGGAUGAAGAACGAGAACUGAACAAGGAGAACGAACGCAUGCCAAAAAUCAUUCCAAAAGAUCCAUAUUAUGAUCAGUAUGGCGUGGAGGAAGAUAACUAUUACCACACAGCCAGGGACCCAUGGCAGACUGGUCGGUACGAAAACUUUGAAGUGCGCUACAACACAGAUCACGCUUACUCUCCUCCGUAUCGGGAGAAGCCUCCAAUAAUGCCACUGCCGCCACCACCAGCUCGGUUUGGGCAUCCAUACAGUCCUCAGGCAGACAAGUUUGGUCGUGAUCGAGUUGAGAGAAGGGAACCUUUGAGGCCUGAAGGUCCUCCUCCAUCACUUGAAUACCCCACAGCCAAAAAAAGACCAGAUGAGUGGACAGAUCCGUGGAGGAGGUCAAAAUCUCCAAAGAGUCAGAAACCUAAAGUACGCAGUCGGUCAAGAGGCAGGCGGACGCGUCGAUCUGUCAGUGACUCUUCAAAUUCCUCAAGGUCCAGCUCUGGGUCAUCGUCGGGCUCAUCCAGAAGCAGCCGAUCUUUCAACAGUUCAACAGGCAGCUCAAGUAGGUCACGUUCUCCAGAGCCAGUACCGCCCGUUGCUGAGAAGCAUGACCGAUACAUUUCCCCAUCUCGGGAGCCGCCGAGAAGCACUGUCUCCAUCCGUGGAUCUGGAAACUACAACCACUAUGAUCAGGGUUACCGUCGUGGUGGGCGCAUGUACGAUCAUAACCGAGGCCCCAAUAACUACAACCAGCGAGGAGGAGGAGGAGGCAACCGUGGUGGAGGGGGCGGGCCAUACAACAACUAUGGACCUAUGGGAGGUUAUCCACCUCGAGAUAUGCGGGACAGGGAGAGACCCAGAGAUGACAGGAUUGCCAGGAACAACCGAGGUCGCUCACCGCCAGAUCGGCCAUUACCAUAUGUUAGGCCAAGACCAAAGAGUGUCAGCAGCCAUUCAUCCUCGAGCAGAUCCCGCUCCUGGAGCCGCGGCCGAGCCACAUCGUCACGCUCCAGGUCCAGAUCCAGCUCUGCAAGCUCCCGGUCCAGCAGUUCUUCAAGUUCUUCAGCAGGAAGUGCCGAUUCUGAACAUUUGUACAGAGAUUUGGCCAGUCCAUCCAAGAAUCCCAGGGCACCAGCAGCACAGAAAAGGAAAAGAAAUGAUAGUGUCAAAGAUCGUCCUCUCAGCAAGACUCAACAGAUACCUCUACCCCCGGGGUCACAGAGGCGGCCGCCACAACCUCCUCAGCCACCUGUCAGUUUAGAGCACAUACCGCCGCCCCGCGACCCAAAGCCUCCCCUCCCACCUCUUCCUUCAGGGCGGCCUGACUCCAAGUAUGCCAGCCGCAACGCACCACCACCUCCUGUAAAGGCUAAAGACCCGCUAAAAGUUGUCGGGCAGAAGUCCAAUAUCAAGCUUACGCUGCUGCCCAAGCAACAGCAACAGUCAUCGCUCGGAGCCAGACCCAACCCACUAGACUCACCCCCUCACAAGAGACGACUGUCAGAGCGGGACACGUCCCCACCGCCGGCGCCACCUGCCAAGAGAGCAAACCUGCCGGUGCCGUCCCAGUCCACAGCCCUGAGGUUGGCAAUAGAGAAAGCCUCAAAGAUUCAGAUCAGGCAGGAGAAAGGCAAGUCGCCACCUCCUGCUGUAGCUCCACAGUCUCUGCCCUCAGCAUCUUUGUCAGCCAAUUUACCUCGUGCCAAAGCUGCCGUGUCUCCCCAGAAACAGCCGGGCGGUGUCAAGCCUCGGGUGAUGGAGCCUCCUGUGGCCAAGACUGUGCCCAAAGUCCCUGCAGCCAACAUCCCCGCACCGACAGUGACCGGAACCAAGGUCAAGAAGAGCAUGUCUUCUCGCAGAGAAGAGCUUUUGAAGCAGUUGAAAGCCGUUGAGGAUGCCAUCGCCAGAAAGAAAUCAAAAUUUCAGUGA